AGUCCCAGUGGCAGCACCUCAGGACCAACCAGAGGACGACUCCAUGGACGAGGACGAGUUGCGUCCUGCGACACGUCGACAAGCUACAUAUGACGAGGAUAUUGAGGAAGACGAGGAAGACGGAACUGAGGAAGCCGAGGAGGACGUAGACGAGACCGAAGAUGAAAGCGAAGAAGAGGUUCUUCGACGACGAGGGCGGAGGAGUGCGCAGCCUACACGAGCUCAGCUCUCACGACAAGGCGACCCUACUAUUAUUCCAUGGGCUAGAGAAAUUGGUGUGGACCCUCAAAAGAUGCAUGUCAUGCAGACUUCAUUGUUUCGAAUGCCUGAGGAAGAGAGGGUCCUCAAAGCUCUAAAUGAGCCACAGCCGCGUCGGAAAUUGCUGCAGCUCAAGUCAGCCUUGACUAGGAAACACAGCAGGGAUUCAGAAGGCGAGGGCUUGCGGGCUGAUUCGCGUCAGCGAGCAUCGUUCGCGGACGACAUUGAACCAGAGGUGUAUCGACCCUCACGAAAAUAUGCACGGGUAGAAAGCUCCGCCUCCGCGUUUGUUGGCCGCGAAGGCGCGUACGUAGACGCGGGUCUGGCACUGGGUCGUUCUUUCCGAGUGGGGUGGGGUCCAGGAGGACUCUUACUACACCUCGGGGAACUAUGCGGCCCCUCGAGCACGCCAACAUCUUCGGCGAACGUGUCGACCGUCAAGAUGACCACUGUCCCACUCCUUGCUGGCACCGCGGCCGACGCGUCUGCGCAGGCCUCCCGCCUUCUAUCGCACCACCUCCAUCAUACUGUGAUCGAAGAAGAUGAGGAUGGUGUGCCCUUUGCCAACCCUUCGCCGAAGCUUUCCUUCGCAUCCUUUGUCUCCCAGUUCCCAUCCACCGACCAAUCCUUCGAACCGACUCUAUUCCGGCUCGGUCGCGCGCUCUUCGAUACCAGUGACUACCGCCUUGAGCAGAUACCCGACCCCUCCGCCCGCCAGCGAAUUUCCGAUAUCCGCCGUAAAACUGAGCUAUCGAAUUGGCUCAAGACCGCUGUCUCGUCCGCCACGGAGUCCGACCUCCGCAAGGACCUUGACGCGCGCUGGGACCGUACCCUCUUCACCCUCCUGAGCGGGUACCAGAUCGAGCGCGCGUGCGAGAAGGCAGCUAAUGACGGUAACGUCAAGCUUGCGUCCCUCAUUGCGCAAUGUCCGGGAGAUGCGGCGUUCCGCGCAGAUCUUCAAAGCCAGCUCGACAUCUGGCGCGAGCAGCGCACAGAUGCGCACAUCUCCGAGGAUACCCGGAAGGUAUAUGCCCUCCUUGCUGGGGUGGUUGAUACGCUGCAGGGCUCAGGCGGCAGUGGGGUGGAGCAGUGUCCGGAUGUUGACUUGGCGAAGGGCCUGGAUUGGAAGCGCGCAUUUGGCUUACAGCUGUGGUUUGGGAUGCCGAUGGAUGCGUCGAUAGCGGACGUGUUCCAGGAAUACGACCGCCUUUGGCGGGAAGGCCUUUCCAGCGUUGCCGCCCCAGUCCCCUGGUACGCCGAGCGACCCUUCGCAGAGCAAGUCGCAUCCAAAUGGACUGCGCCUUCGAAUGCGCAGCCGACUGACGCUCUGUACGCGCUCAUCAAGCUAUUCGCGGAUCCUGCGUGCAACCUCUCCUCCAUCCUUUCCUCGUUCUCGUUCAGCGCGUCCCCGGCGGACUACCGUCUGCCGUGGCACCUAUACAUCAUCCUCUCCCGUUGUAUGCGCAUACGGGACCUGGCUGACCGGGAUACGUCUGUGCGGCGCGAAGAAGAUGAGGAGGAGGGUGCGGUCGAAGGCCACAGCCCAAGUGCGGACCUUCUCGCUAACAGCUACGCGUCGCAGCUGGAGCAGUUGGGCAUGGUCCAGGAGGCUGUAUUCGUGCUGCUGCACCUCGAAGCCCCCGCUGGGCGGGUGAAAGCCAUCAAGGAGCUUCUCACACGAUCUGCCUCAAAACUCGACGACUGGGUCACCCGUGGGCUCGUGGGGAGCCUCAAGAUACCCAUGACGUGGAUCAACGAAGCGAAGGCCAUAUACGCACUUGACAGCGGGAGCAUGUACGAUGCCUACGAGCUCUAUCUCCAGGCUGGGCUAUACGACACUGCGCACGACAUCGCCGUUGUGGAGCUCGCGCCGGACGCCGUCAUCCGACAGGAUCUCAUCCUUCUCAGAGAAAUGUUGGAGCCUUUCGAGGGACACUCCGUGAAUGGAUGGAACGAGCGUGGAAGGGCGUUCAUGGAUUACACGCACGCUGUCACCCGCCUUCCUCAGCUUCGCGAGCGUCUCGUGAAAGGGCACCUCAGCGCCGACGAGGCAGCCGAGCUCGACCAGCUUGCGCGUAGCGUGCCCAAGUUGAUUAGCAUCCUCCCGGAAGUCCUGCCCGACCGGUCGAACAUCAGGCAUAACGCCGCGCUGACGGAGAUGACGAGCAAGCUAGUCCAUCAUCUCGACCGGACCCGGCCGUUAGCUGUGGCGCAAUCGCAGAUUCGGACGCCGUUCUUCAACGACGCUACCCGCGUGCGCAACAUCCAUUCCACUAUGUACGAGAAGUUCCUCCGGACAGUCGAUGUGUCAUAACGGUGGCAUCGCUUGUGUAACGUAGAAGUAUUUCCUCUGCAACAUCUCGCCGGCGCCUUCUGCGUCCGAAC